UCAGAUCCGUUUGCAUUGAAGAGGAACGUGGCUCGCAGUCUGAACAGUCAGAUGGUGUUCGAGUACAUCCAGGAGCGUUUCCGCACGGCCUACAAGUAUUUCGCCUGUCCUCAGAGCAGGAACGGAGCGAACGCCAGGCACAGCUUACUGAGGAAGAAACCCAGACGCUCUCGCACGGCCCAAUCCAGCAGCCUGGACCGAAAGAAGAGCGGCGAGGAGGACACAGACAGCAGUGAAGAUGAGGACGAGAGGGAUAUGGAGGAAGAGGAGAGCCUCAGAGCAAGGUUCAAUGAGCUCCUAGCGAGCGAUGCUGGGACGGACACCAGAUCUGAGUCUGUUUCCCAGGAACCGUCCGCAGCGGAGUCUCCUUCUGCCCUGAACGGCCUGCUGAUGGACAGCGAGGAGGAGAAAGAUCAAGAGAUGGAGAAACAGGACAGUAUUGCUCCAGAAGACAUGCACUACAUCUUUGACAGGAUGAUCUUCACCGGAGGAAAGCCGCCAACAGUCGUUUGCAGCAUCUGUAAGAGAGACGGCCACCUUAAAGACGAUUGUCCUGAAGACUUCAAGAAGGUCGAGCUGAAACCCCUGCCGCCCAUGAGCGAGCACUUCAGAGAAAUCCUGGACGGACUCUGCCUGCUGUGCUACCGUGAGCUGGCGCCGUCUCUUAUCGAGCAGCAGAAGAGGGAGCAGAUUCUUGGCAGUCUGGAGCGCUUCAUCAGAAAAGAGUACAACGAUAAGGCCCAGCUCUGUCUGUUUGGCUCUUCUAAGAACGGCUUUGGCUUUCGUGACAGUGACCUGGACAUCUGUAUGACACUGGAGGGCCACGACACCGCUGAGAAGCUGAACUGUAAGGAGAUCAUCGAGGGUUUAGCCAAGGUGCUGAAGAAACACACAGGUUUAAGGAAUAUUUUGCCUAUCACAACUGCUAAAGUGCCUAUAGUGAAGUUUGAACACAGGCAGAGCGGACUGGAGGGAGACAUCAGCCUCUACAACACACUGGCCCAACACAACACCCGGAUGCUGGCCACAUAUGCUGCUAUAGACCCUCGUGUGCAGUAUCUGGGCUACACUAUGAAAGUAUUUGCCAAGCGCUGUGACAUUGGCGACGCCUCCAGAGGAAGUCUCUCCUCUUAUGCUUACAUCCUCAUGGUGCUGUAUUUCCUACAACAGAGACAACCACCAGUCAUCCCUGUGUUACAAGAGAUAUUCGAUGGGAACACUGCUCCUCAGAGGAUGGUGGAUGGCUGGAACGCUUUCUUCUUCAAUGAUCUUAAUGAGCUGCGGCGGCGUCUGCCAGAGCUCCAUCAGAAUAAGGAGACGGUCGGUGAGCUGUGGCUCGGCCUGCUGCGCUUCUACACAGAGGAGUUUGAUUUUAAAGAACACGUCAUCUCCAUCCGCCAGCGCAAACGGCUCACCACCUUUGAAAAACAGUGGACGUCCAAAUGCAUCGCAAUCGAAGAUCCCUUUGACUUGAAUCACAAUCUUGGGGCUGGUGUUUCUCGCAAAAUGACUAACUUCAUCAUGAAGGCCUUCAUCAACGGCAGGAAGCUGUUUGGCACCCCGUUUUACCCUCAUCCAGGAACCGAGGCCGAUUACUUCUUUGACUCCAAGGUGCUGACGGAUGGAGAACUGGCUCCUAAUGACCGCUGCUGUCGGAUCUGCGGGAAGAUCGGCCACUAUAUGAAGGACUGCCCAAAGAGGCGCAGAAUGAAGAAAAAGGAGAACGAGCGUGAGGAGGAUGUCAGGGAGGAGGACAGGGAGCCCAGAGAGAGACGAUGCUUUCAAUGUGGUGAUAUGGGUCAUGUGAGGAGAGACUGUCCCGAUUACAAACCCCUCCGUCAGAGAGCAGUGCCAGGACCAGUGCCUCACAUGGUCCGGGCCAUGGCGAGCUCUCAGUCCAUCCCCAUCCCUCAAGGUGCUUCAGUCCAGGAUCGGGUCGCACGGACCAGGCAGCCCUCUGAAUGUUCUGAUACGCGUCAGACUCCUCCGUACUCUCCUCAGCAGUCUCCCUACAGCCAGGCAUCCGUCUCUCCACAGAACAGCAAGCCUUCUUUAGCAUCCUCUACCUCCAAUCCUUCCCAUCCGCAGCCGCAGCUUCCCCAGGUUCAGCUCCCCAUCUUCAACUUCCCUCAUUCCCACCCAGGCCAGUAUCACACCGGGCUCUCUGCGCUGGGUCUCCUGCCUGCCCACCCCCAGCAGCCACCCAUCACCUCGGCCUCCUGGCCCAUCCACGGCCCUCUCAUCCAGGGCUCCGGGGUCUCCACCGCCUCCGGCCACCCGUCCACUCCGUGCCUGAGGUUCGCAGUCCGAGGCGGUGGAGGCGGGAAUGGAGGCGGGCCAGCAGUGAGCCCUGCCCACAUGAACCUGAACGACCCCAGCAUCAUCUUUGCUCAGCCGUCGACGGGAACGGAAAGGGGGCACCCCUGGCACAAUCAGCAUCUCAAUCCGGGGCCACUGGUGGGGAACGGCACAGUAAACAAGACAGAUCCUAAUUUCCCGUCUCAGUUUGGCGGUGUGAGUCAGGGCUCUCGGUCCUGGGAUCACAGCAGUGCUGCUCCGUAUUCGCUGUCUCCAUCCUUCAUGCCCUACCGUCUGCCACCCUACCUCCAGCAGCCCAACAAGCCCUUCAUCUCACAAGGGUCUGUGGUGGCAAAUCAACAUUACCCGCUGAUUCAACACAAUCGGCACGGCAAUCUCAACUACAUUCAACAGAAGAAAUGAAGAAAGACACUUCACUUUGUAAACCAAUGCCCAAGGUCCUUAUAGAAAAAAAAGAGACUAACUUUGCAUCAUUUGGAAAUUUUUUAAAUGAAUUUUAUCAUUUUUGUACAGUUUAUAUGUUUUAUUUUCCUUUUAUUUCUCUGUGCAUCAUCACAUUGAUUUGUGAUACAAAAUGUCAAAUAUUUUAAUACCCCUAUUUUUGGAGGGGUCCGAAAAAAGUGUUUUUAUUUUAUGUGUAAAAUAAGGAUUUAAAAUGUAUUCACUUUAUUUUUAUUAGCUGUAUUCCUAUUUUGCUUGCAUAAGGACAAAGGCUUUAGAUAGUAAAAUCAAACAUAACAACCCAAUAAGACAAUUAUGUAGUGCCAAAAACUAUAGCAAACCAAGAAAACAGACAAAAAAAAGAGCAGAAAAAAAUUAAGAAAAGACCAAAAAAAUAAAGAAAAAGCAAACCAA